UGUCCACACCCUUCCCCUUCUUCUUAUCUUCUCCUCCGAUCAUCUUCUUUAACCUCAGGCCAUUUCCACCUCCCUUACUUCUUCCUUAGCUGUAAAUUAAACUUAUAUAUAUAUAUUUUCAGAGUGGAUCUGUUUGUCUUGAAGGGGUAAUUUGUAUAAUUUAAUUUGAAGACUGUAUUUUUCAAGAUUUAUAUGUGAGAGAUGGAUUUUGAUGAGGAGCAAGAAGAGGAAAUUGGGAUGCAUGAAAUGGAGGCGGAAGGGAAUUAUCCGCCGCUGGGGAGCUCCGGGAUGGGCGGAGGAGAGGAAGUGGUGGGCGGGAGAAAAAACGGCGUAGGUGGCGGUGGCGGCGGCGGCGGCGGUGGCGGUGGUGGUGGUGGUGGGACGACUAGGUAUAGGUAUAGAGAGUGCUUGAAGAACCAUGCGGUGGGGAUAGGCGGGCACGCAGUGGACGGGUGCGGCGAGUUUAUGCCGGCGGGGGAGGAUGGAACCCUAGACGCUCUAAAAUGCGCCGCCUGCGGGUGCCACCGGAACUUCCACCGCAAGGAGGAGGAAGGUGACGGCUUGGGCCACUUCCACCACCACCCACACCUCACUCACUACCCUUCCUUCCGCCCCUCCGGCUACCUCCACGUCGCCCCUCACCGCCCGCUGGCCCUCCCGUCCACCUCCCGCGACGACGACGUAUCCAACCCCAGCAGCAGCGGCGGCGGCGGCGGAGAAGGCGGCAGCGGCGGCUCCAAGAAGCGAUUCCGAACCAAAUUCUCCCAAGAACAAAAAGACAAAAUGCUCGCCUUCGCCGAGCGGCUAGAAUGGCGCAUCCAGAAACACGACGAGGAAGCCGUCCAAGAAUUCUGCGCCACCACUAACGUUCGACGCCAAGUCUUCAAAGUCUGGAUGCACAACAACAAGCACACCCUCGGUAAAAAACCCUAAUCCCCCCUUCUUCUCCAUUCUUCUUCUUCUUCAAGUA